AUGGUUGAAUGGGUUGCUAUAGUUUACGAUAAGCCAGGUUCUGACAGAUCCAUCUGUAGACCAGAACAUUUAGCUGGUAUUCCACCUUUAGUAGAACAAGGUAAAUUAGUUUGUGCUGGUGCUAUUUAUAAUGAACCAACCACUCCAGGUGGAGAACGUACUUUUGCAGGUUCUCAUCUACAAAUUGUGGCUGAUACAAAGGAAGAGGCUUUGCAGUUGAUUCACAAUGAUGUUUUUGCUAAGAACGGUAUUUGGGACUUAGAUAAUAUUAUUCUUUAUCAAUUUGGUUGUGCCGUUCGUAAGGCGAAGAAUUGA